AUGAUGUCAUCACCAUCAUCACCAUCAUUAUCACCACCACCUUCACCUUCCUUACAAUUUCAUCAUCAAACAGCAACAAUAGAAGAUACCUCAAACAACAACAGUAACAAUAACCUAAAAACCAGUUCACAACAAUCCAAUGUACCAACAUCAGUCAAGCCAUACAUCUCUUCUUCUUUUUCUUCCUCUUCAAAAUUAAAAUCUAAAAUAUCACUUGACCAAUUAGAACAAGCUCAAAAACCUUACUCCCACAGUAAUAGAUCCGAUAAAACCAGUAAAUUACAAGAAAAAGAAAAAGAGAUUGAGUUAGAAAUUGAAAAAGAAAGAAAAAAAGAAAAAGAAAUUGAAAAAGAAAAAGAGAGAGAAUUUGAAAAAGAAAGAAAAAAAGAUAAAGAAAAAGAGAGAGAAAUUGAAAAAGAAAUUGAAAAAGAAAGAGAGAAAGAAAAAGAAAGAGAAAAGAAAACAAACAACACCAAUUUCCAAAACAAUCUUGAAAAUGGAACUAAACAUUCUGACAAUAAUAAUAGUUUUGAAAAAGAUAAAGAAGAAAAAGAUAAAGAAAAUAAAAGAGAUAUUAUUAAUUUAGAUGAUGAUGAUGAUGAUGAUGAUGAUGAUAAUGAUGAUGAUGAUGAUGAUAAUGAUAAUGAAGAGAAUGAUAUUGAUCGUGACGAUGACGAAGAAAUUUUAAAUGACGACAUUGAUAAUCAAAAAAUAUCCCAACCAUCUCUUAGUAACAAUAUAAAUACAAAUGCAAAUAAUAAUGAUAACAAUAAAAACAACACUACUACUACCACUGCUGCUACUACUGCUAGUUCAAGUGGGUCACAAUCAAAAGCUAAACCAAUCUUCAUUUCAAAAUGUGGUGUUUGUAAUAUGUCUAUAAUAUCAUUAACAACUAAAGAAAAAGAAAUUCAUAUAAAUGAAUGUAUGGAAGCUGCCGAAAGAGAAUUAAAUAAUACGACCAAUAAUUGUACAAUUAAAUCCAAUACCUGUACAAUUUGUAAUAAAGAUUUAACGAAAUUAACAAAAAAAAAACAAGAAGAACAUAUUGAAAAAUGUCGUCGUUCAAAAGAAAACUCUGAAACUUGUUUAAUCUGUUCAAAAGAUUUAUCUAAAAUGAUUGAUGAAUCUAGAAAUCUACAUGUUAAAAAUUGUGCAAAGAAAAAUAAAAUACCAACUAAUGAAUUAAUAGCACUUUAUUCAAAUAAUAAUAACAAUACAUCCACUAACACAACUACAACUACUACAACAACAGCAGCAGCAGGAACUACAACAAAUAAUAAUGAUUCACCAAAUAUAGAUAAUAAUAAUAAUAAUAAUAAUGAUAAAUCAAGUAAACCAAAAAAGAAAAGAUCGACUACAACAAAGAAUGGUGCAACAACCUCAAAUUUCUUUCAUCAUGAAUCAGUAUUGGAUUUAAAGAAAAAGAAAGGUACUACAAAAAGGUCAAAGAAAAUAAUGAUACCAAAUGAUAAAGAUUUUUCUGAUGAUUUAAAAAAUAAUAGUAAUAGUGAUAUGGAUAAUGAUACUGAUAAUAAUGAAUAUCAAGAACAAUUAAAUAUAGCAUUAGCAUUAUCGGAAUCAAUGAAUCAAUCUGAUAAUAAUGGUGAUAAUUAUAAUAAUAACAAUAACUAUAGUCAAAAUAUUAAUAAUAAUAAUAAUAAUAAUAACAAUAAUGAUAGCAUUCCUCCAUCUCCUUCAUCAAACAAUUCACAAAUUUCAUCAACACCUUUAGAUUUGGCAGGUUUUAAAAUACCAAAACAACCUCAACUAAACUCUGAACAAACAAGAAAUUCAAAAAUUGCUGAUAUUAUAUUCCCUUUUACAACUACAACAACAACAACAACAUCGACAUCAUCAACAUCUACUACUCCAAAAACAAUAAACACAUCAUUAGAUAAUACUGGUUCUACAGCUUCACUUAGUUCUUUUAAUAAUAAAAAUAAUGAUAUUAAUAAUAAUAAUAAUAAUAAUAAUAAUAAUAAUAAUAAUAAUAAUAAUAAUAAUAAUAAUAAUAAUAAUAAUAAUAAUAAUAAUAAUAAUAAUAAUAAUAAUAAUAAUAAUAAUAAUAACAAUAGAUUUGAAAUAUCACCAACACCUAAAUUCUAUGAGAGUAAACUCUCUAAAAAGCAUACACCCGUAAAAUCAUCCCUUUGGGAUAUAUCAAGAUAUAGGGAAGAAGAUAAUAAAGAUCUUUAUUAUUUAAGUUCUCAACAAACUGAGCAACAACAACAAAGAAUACAACAAAAAGAGGAACAAUUAUUACAACAACAACAAAAACAACAACAAUUACAACAACAACAACAACAAUUACAACAACAACAACAACAACAACAACAACAACAACAACAACAACAACAACAACAACAACAACAACAACAACAACAACAACAACAACAACAACAACAACAACAACAACAACAACAACAGCAAUUACAACAAAAAAAGGAAAAAGAAGAUUCACCAAGAAACCAACAAAAACAACAAAAUGUUAAUGAUGUAACAAUAAAUGAAACAAUAAAUAAUAAUAAUAAUAAUAAUAAUAAUAAUAAUAAUAAUAAUAAUAAUAAUAAUAAUAAUAUUAAUAUUAAUAAUGAAAAUAUUAAUAUUGAAAAUAAUGUAUCAAUUAUUGAUUUAAAUAAUAAUAGUAAUAGUAAUGAUAUGAAACAAUUUUUGCUUGAAAUUAAUAGAAUAUCAAAUAAAUUCUCAAAGAUUGUAAAUGAUGAAAGAGAUAGAAUUUUAAAGGGUAUUAAAGAAUUGGAGAAUGAAUAUUAUAGUAAUGUUGGUAGAUUUACAAUUGAAAAGGAUUUGGCAAUUCAACAAUUGAAAAAUCAAUAUAAUAUAAAAUAUACUUCUGUAAUAUUACUAAAUAAUGAUGAUAAUGAUAUCAAUACCAAUGAUCAUAAAUUAAAAUCAACUAGUAUUCCAAUUUUAACACAAUUUCAAAUACCAAUAUCACCUGAUAAACAACAACAACAACAACAACACCCUUAUUAUUAUCAUACCACCCCAAAAAAUCAAUAUCAUCAAACUCCAAAUAAAUAUCAUCAUCAUCAUCAUAAUCACCAUAAUCACCAUAAUCAAAAAUCAAUUUCCCCAAAGUUAAAGAAGCGAACAUAUAAUGAUUAUACAGAAAGUAGUGAAAGUAGUAAUAGUAGUGGUGGUGGUAGUGAUAAUGAUAAUGAUAGUGAUAAUGGUAGCGAUUAUGGUAAUAGUGAAAGUGAGUUCAUUAGUGAUGAUUAUAAAAAGAAAAAAGAAAAUGAUCAAAAAGAAAAUGAUAGGAAAGAAAAAGAACAAAAAGAACGUGAAGAAAAGAAAAAAGAAAAAGAAAAAGAAAAAAAGAGAGAACGUGAAAAAGAAAUUGAAAGAGAGAUUGAAAGGGAAAGAGAAAAGGAAAAAGAAAAAGAAAAAGAACGUGAAAGAGAAAGAGAAAAUGAAAGAAAAAGAGAUGAAGAUAUAAGUUUUGAAAUUAACCUUUCUCAAAAUGAUAAUAAUAAUAAUAGAGUAAAUGAUAUUUCAACAAUAUUAACAUCGGCAACAAAUUUCAAUGCUCAAAAUGAUAUUUCACCAUCUCAAAAACAAUAUUCUAAUUAUAGACCUAAACCAUUAUCCUCAUCAACUGAUGAUUUAAUAACAUCCACCAAUAAUAAUAAUAAUAAUAAUGAUAAUAACAAAUCCAAUGUCAUUAACAAUAAUAGAAAUGCCACAAGUCCAAAUGGUUUGAGUAUAAGAAUUCCAACCAUAACUUCAUCAUCUCAACAACAAUCCCCACAACAACAACAACCACAACAAACCACUUCCAGAGUAAGUAAUACUACAUCAAAUAUUGAACCUAAACCCGAUUAUGAUAAAAUGAGUUUGGCCGAAUUAAAACAAAUUGCUUCGAAAUUUGGAAUCAAAACUUCUGGAAAGGACGCAACCAAAGCUUUCUUUGUUCAAAAAUUGUCUGAUGUUUGGGAAUACCGUAAUAAUAAUAAUAAUAAAAAAUAA